UGCGAGCCGCGAGCGCGAGAUCAUUGAAAUUUCCAAAAAUAAAACUGAGAAACUCAGACGCAGGUCUCGAAAUAAACAGAAACAGAAACAUAUAGAAAAAUAUUCAAAUUGUCGUGUGCUAAAGUGUGAGAAAUAAUAUAUCUGAAAAACAAGCUCCUGGAUUUAUGAGCACUACCAAAAAAGUUACCAAUGUGUGAGAUACAAAAAAAAUCAAGUGAAAACCAAGCGAAUAUGCCAAUAAACUAAAGACAUUUGGAUUACAAGAAACCCACGCAUUUUGGAUUAUAACAUUGCGAAAGGCAGAAAAACCUAAGAAUUUCUUCAAAGGCGCCACAAUGGAGAAUCCCACAAACGAAACCAAGGUGGAUUUGGAGCCGCAGGAGGAGGAGCAUUCUACAGUCGUCGCCCCUGCAAAGGAGACCAUCAUAGACAUUCCCGCCGCCUCCAUUUCCGCAUCGAACUCCUCAUCCUACGACACGGAUUGCAGCACGGCCAGUAGUACCUGCUGCACCCGCCAGGGGGAGCACAUCUACAUGCAGCGCGAUGUAGCCCUUCCAGCCACGCCCCUUCCGGAGGCGGAGGAUCUGGGUCUGCUGAAGUACGUCCACCGACAACACUGGCCCUGGUUCAUCCUAGUGAUCUCCAUCAUUGAGAUUGCCAUCUUCGCCUACGACCGCUACACAAUGCCCGCCCAGAACUUUGGGCUUCCCGUGCCGAUUCCCUCGGAUUCGGUGCUCGUCUAUCGCCCGGAUAGGCGGCUGCAGGUGUGGCGCUUCUUCAGCUACAUGUUCCUGCACGCCAACUGGUUCCAUCUGGGCUUCAACAUCGUCAUCCAGCUGUUCUUCGGCAUUCCCCUGGAGGUGAUGCACGGCACGGCCAGGAUUGGUGUCAUCUACAUGGCGGGCGUCUUUGCUGGCUCCCUCGGCACCAGCGUCGUCGACUCGGAGGUGUUCCUUGUGGGCGCCAGCGGUGGCGUCUAUGCCCUCCUGGCCGCCCAUCUGGCCAACAUCACUCUCAACUAUGCGCACAUGAAGAGCGCAUCCACGCAGCUGGGAUCUGUCGUCAUCUUUGUCUCCUGCGACCUGGGCUAUGCUCUGUACACCCAAUACUUCGAUGGCGGCGCCUUCGCCAAGGGUCCCCAGGUGUCGUAUAUUGCCCACCUGACGGGAGCUCUCGCGGGACUCACGAUUGGCUUCCUGGUGCUGAAGAACUUCGGCCAUCGGGAGUACGAGCAGAUGAUCUGGUGGCUGGCUUUGGGCGUCUACUGUGCCUUCACCGUCUUCGCCAUUGUGUUCAACCUGAUCAACACGGUCACUGCUCAGCUGAUGGAGGAGCAGGGCGAGGAGAUCACCCAGCAUCUGCUGCACGAUUUGGGAGUGUCCUAAAUAUGAGAUGAGGAAUCAUCGGUAUCCAGAUCCAGAGUCAGAUGCAAAUUCAGCAGCUUCAGGAGAGAUCGAGAGACAGAGAGUUGGUGGAAAAGAAAAGUUCACUCAACGAUUUAGUUCAAAACUAAAUUCGAAAUUCGUUUGGCUUUUGCUUUUCGUUAGCAUUACCGUUAAUCGUUACCGUUUGCAGUUACCGUUUAACCGUUUCAGUUCCGAAACACCGAACACAAACUCAAAAACUCAAAAAAACUAAGAACUAAAAAAAUGAUGAGAAGAACAUAAACAUAAACCGAAGCCGAAACGUGUAAACAAAUGUUGUGAUAGAACCAAAGACUGAAUUUAUUUCGCGUGUAAAAACAAAGUAAAAAUCAAGAGGAAAAAAAUCAGAAGAAGAAACAGAACAAAUCGCCUCUCGCUAUGAUUUAAAUUAACCCAUUAUCCCAUGUUUUCGUUUAAUGGUUUUUAAUUUCUGCCUGUUUUCUUAAAUUAUCUAUUUAUUGGCCGCAAUUAACUCUGAAUGAAUCGAAGCAUCGGCAGCAAAAACACUGUAUCAAAUUGUUUAUACAUCCAUAAGCAUAAUCUGCUCUCGAACUAUGUAGCUCGUAGCGAUUAUAUAUAUUACAUAUAUAUAACUAGGUAUAACUAGCCCCUAACAAAUUGUUUCAAAUUGUAAAUACUAUUAAGUCGCACACUAGUCAACAAAGAACAACAAAAAACGAUGGGGAAACCACAGCAAAGAACCAUUCAAUUCAGAUCAAUUAAGCAAAUCGAAUUAAAUUAAAUUAAAGUCACUUAAUGCGUUACAAAAUCGAGCAAACAUUAUCGUAAUCCCCCUACACACACAGACACAAAAGUAUUACUAAUUAUAUUUAUUUAUUGUAGGGCAGCGAGGGUUUAUUAAUUUGUCAAUCGAGCCAACUAUUUAUUUAUUUAUUUAAUAAUUUAGUGAAAUUCACACAAAACAAAAACAAGCACGAAAAAACAACAAAAACAAUGCAAGAGA